AAAAGGCUCUAUUCGUUGAAUCAGAAAGCUCUAGAAACCUCAAAACCCUCACACUUUGAAGAAUUCCCUUUUUAUUUCGCCCGAACCUCAAAACUAAACUUCUCAAUUUGCUUUUGCUUAUUGGAAAUCAGGAAAAAUGGCAACGUUCGAGGAAGCACCGGCAGGUAAUCCCAAAGCCGGAGAGAAAAUCUUCAAAACCAAGUGCGCUCAGUGUCACACCGUCGAUAAAGGCGCUGGUCACAAACAAGGACCCAACUUGAACGGUCUCUUUGGAAGACAAUCUGGUACAACUCCAGGUUACUCUUACUCUGCUGCAAACAAGAACAUGGCUGUGAUCUGGGGAGAGAAUACGUUAUAUGAGUACUUGCUCAAUCCUAAGAAGUAUAUUCCUGGGACGAAGAUGGUUUUCCCUGGGUUGAAGAAGCCACAGGAUCGCGCAGAUCUAAUAGCUUAUCUGAAGGAAUCAACUGCAUGAAGAUCUCUUUGGAAAAUCAUUAUAUUUUUGCUAGUGUUACACAUUUUAUAUUUUUAAAGUCAUCCUUUUGCCGAUCAAAUAACACCACAUACUUUAUCAUGCCAUUCUUCUGGUUGUGCAAGCCAGUCUUGAGGAAUUUGGUCAAGAGUUUGUCAUUUGAAGUCUUUUCAAAUCUUUACGAAAUCAUGAAUGUGUUUGGUGUUUGGAGCCAGUUCGUUGUGAACAGCUUUCAUAUCGGUCAUCGGUUGUACCUUAAUUGCAAGGAGGGGAGUAUAAACUUAUCAUAAGGGGGUGUGGUGUUAAACACGAAUAUACUGCAACGAAUCCGAUUAUCGGUUUUCAAUAAUGAAAUCCAUUUUCUUCUGCUAAGUAAGCAAUAAAGCAAGAUAAUUCAUGUUA